CAUCCCCAAUUCCCAGCGGAAAACCCCCAGCCCCCUAGCCUCCUAGCACCUUCUCCUGUCCUUCUAACCCUAGCCGCCAAGCCCACCAGCCGCCGCUAGCUGCUGCCGUUCUCCACUCUCCACGGACCAUGGCUCCACGGCCAGCCGCCAACCACCAGGCCACGGCCAAGCAGGGCGCCAAGCACCUAGGCCGGCCGAGCGGUGCGCCGAGCGCCCGAGCACCCAGGCCACCGCCCGCCGCACCAGAGCGGCCAACGGGGCGCCAAGCCGAGCAGAGUUUCAACAGUGUUCCUGACCGUGUGUUCUUGAUCCAGGUGGCUGCCAGCAAGACGAAGAUCUACAUGGUGCUUGAGCUCGUCAACGGCGGCGAGCUGCUGGACAGGAUUCAGGCGGCCAGUGAGGGAAAGCUCCCGGAGCAGGAUGCAAGGAGGCUCUUCCAGCAGCUGGUUGAUGGUGUCAGCCACUGCCAUGAAAAGGGCGUCUGUCACAGAGACCUCAAGAUGCAGUGCCGGCCGGACGUUCUGCAGAACAGAGGGUACGACGGCUGA